GUUAAAGAAUGGGCCACUCUUAGGAGCUCAGUGAAUUCAAGUGUGGCACUGUGAGAGGUUGCCACCUGUGCAAUAAGUCCAUCCGUGAAAUUUCCUUGCUACUAAAUAUUCCACAGUCAACUGUUAGUGGUAUUAUAACAAAGUGGAAGCAACGGGGAACAACAGCGACUCAGCCAUGAAGUGAGAGCGGGGUCAGCGCAUGCUGAAGCGCACAGUGCGCAGAAGUCACCAACUGUCUGCACAGACAAUAGCUAAAGACCUCCAAACUUCAUGUGGCCUUCAGAUUAGCACAACAGUGCAUAGAGAGCUUAAUGGAAUUGGUUUCCAUGGC